UUAUAUGUUGAAAAUGUGUAUUGAACCAUUGAGAUAAAGUCGGAAUCACUCAAUUAUUGGCAAACGGGCAUAUUGAUGCGCUCUGUUGUGUGAAAAGAAGAGGAAGCGUAAGAAAUUGUCUUAUCAAAUCGAUAAUUAAUUAUGCCUAAAAAUGGAAUAUAAUGAAUAAGAGCAUACAUGUAUAUUUUUAUUAGCACUCACGGGAUUAAUGCAGCCUUAAAUCCAGCAACACUAAAUAACGCGGCGCAGGCCUUAAAUACUGCAGCCCUAAAUCCGGCGACACUACUUGGCGGCAAAAAAGAUCAGGUCAAUUUUUAUAUACCAAGGCUACCAAGGCGAUCAGUUAAUGCUAACGAAGAUACGAGAAAUGGUUGCGCCACAUCUGAAGAUCUGUUUUGGAAAUUAGAUGCCUUACAGUCAUUCAUUCGUGAUCUCCAUUGGCCGGAUGCAGAGUUUCGUCAGCAUUUGGAGCAACGCUUAAAAAUGAUGGCUGCCGAAAUGAUUGAACAAUGCACACAGCGUACAGAUUCAUCUUUUCAAUCGUGGCUAAAGAAAAAUGUGGCCUUCAUUUCAACCGAUUACAUAAUACCUUCAGAGAUGUGCGCAAUGGUUAAUGUGAUAUUAGAUGCUAAAAACCAAAGCUUUAAAUUAACUACAAUAGAUGGUAUUGAUUUGACACAAAUUCAAACUCACCGUCAUCAACAUGCUCUCGUAGAGGAACUUUUACAGGUAUGUCGAGUGGAGCCCCGUUAG